AUGUCUGGUACAUCACAGAACAGGUUCUCUUUACCUUCCUCACCCCCAAAUUCAAGCUUAAAUCCCCCAAAUGUACAUGGAUCACACUCGCGUUCUCCGAGCCCAACGACGGUGAACGCUGCUGCAUAUCAGAGAUCAUCGGCUGCUCAAUAUGCUAGAAAUAAUCCAGCCAGACAGACUUUUGGUGCUUCUAAAUCCCCUGCCAGUCCACGUGUACAGAGACCAGCCUCUGAGAUGGCACACGGCGGCGGUAGUGGCUGGACUCAAGCCCAAUCACAGCUUCUUAAUUCCGCCCAGCUGCCUCCUGGUUCGGCCGGUUUAGGCAUGACCAGCCCAGAUGCUCUUGAUCAGUGGUUCGAGAAUCUAGGCAGCUAUGAAGAAACUCUCGAGGAAAUGGCGGCUGCUUCCCUCGACCAGAACUUUAAAGAGGAGCUCGUUGCUAUUGAGCAGUGGUUCAGAGUUCUCAGCGAGGCUGAAAGAACCGCAGCUCUCUACUCGCUUUUACAGCAUUCUUCUCAGAUGCAGAUCAGAUUCUUCAUCACCGUGCUCCAACAAAUGAGCCGUUCUGAUCCUGUCUCACAAGCACUUUUCAGUCCUUCCGUUGGAGCAAACCUUGACGGUCAACUUGAAGCUGAUAUGUCUAGAAUGUCAUUCAAGUCACCAAAUUUGGCAGCUGUAUCAGGUAUAUCAGCAAAAAAUUCACCAAAUAUGACAGCGGCUGCAAUUAAUCGUCAGUCACUGGCUGCUGGUGAACAUCAUUUAUCGCCGGACGACGCUUUAAAUGCACACAGGCAAAGAUUCAACUCCAAGAGAACGUCAGCUCCAGGACAUUUACCUGGACCUGGAACUAUCGGUGCUGGAUCAUCGACUGAUAAUCUUAGAUCACCAAGUUGGCAAAGAGGUUCUGGGCUUGAGCAAGUGCAAGAGAGACGCUCACCAACGCCAUCAGCUGCGUCAGAUGUCAGACCAAAAUCAUCCGAUUCUGGAUCAUUUGUUAGGUCUGAUUCAGUGCAGGACUUUGCAGACGAUCAAGCAAUUGCAAUAGCACAAGCUAAUGCUAAUAUGUCAUCACCAUUGCAACAAUCUGCCAACUGGUCCUCAAUGGUCAACACACCAUCGAUUAGCAACUUCCCAAUGGGUGGGAGUGGAAAUGGAAACCAAAAUCAAUUUGAUGCAGAUUUACAAAAUUGGUACGCGAGCGUAACCAAUAACAGUAGCAACAGUAACAACAGUAACACGAAUAACUCAGCCAUACGUUUAGAUGAUGCGAGGAAAUUCCGUCGUCAAUCUAGGCAAUCAGUUAAUUAUGAUGAUAUCAAUGCAGCGCAAAAUCAAGAUGACUACACUAAUGGUGCACUGAACAAUGGUUUAUUGACACCAGGCGGGACGUCUGUGAAUAACAAUCAGAAUUUACAACAAUUGCUAGCACAGCAGCAGCAAUUAAUAAACAAUUUGUCAUCACCUGGACAAACUAGCGCGCCAACGUCGCCUAACCCUUCCAACCCACUGCUAACAAUGCAGUUGCAAAGCUUGCAUCAACAGCAGCAAUUGUUGCAGCAACAGCAACUCGCUCUCGGUAGACUUCAACAGCAACAACAGAGCGUAAGAGCGGGACCAGGAUUGGGAAUUUUUGGUGGGAACAAUGCGAGCAGAAUGCCAUCUCCAUACAAGCAGUCAUUCAAUCAACAAUCGCUGGGUAUACCACCUAACCAAACAGCCACCAACAAAAGGUCUAUAUCAACCCAAUCAAGACAGCGUAACAAUACCAUAAGUAGCGAGGAGGAGGUAGAUGAGAGGGUGCUCAAUGACGUCGCUACUUGGCUCAGAGUGCUUAGAUUACACAAGUAUACUCCAAAUUUCCAGGAGUCGAACUGGAAGGAAAUGGUGAAUAUGUGUGGAGCAGAUUUGGAAGCAAAGGGUGUAGCAGCUGUGGGUGCACGCAGAAAGAUGCUUAAAGAGUUCGAGAAGGUCAGAGACAGAUUUGAUAUCCCGGCUACGCCAGACCAAGAAACUGAGAUGAGGGAGGAGAAGGAGAAAGAAGCGGCUGGUGCUGGUGGUAAUCAGUAG